AGUCUAAAUUUCCCAAAUUCUCAAGAUCAAAGUUCUUAUCUUUUCCAUCAUCAAACCAAAUCCAAACUUGUCUCAUUUCUCUCUUUCUCUCUCCUCACUCGCAGAACUUCAAUUCAAUUCUUGAAGCUGCAACAAUGGAGGCAUUAGCAGGUUCUAGAAUCUAUUUUCCAUGCAUAAAACCCCCAACUAUGAAGCAUAAUUUCGGAAGACAACAACGGGUAAUGAUUACCAGAGCCUCCAUUGCUGUUGAACAAAAAACCCCACAAUCUAAAGUUGCUCUUGUUAGGAUUGGAACUCGAGGAAGUCCAUUAGCACUUGCUCAAGCUUAUGAAACACGAUCCAAGCUUAUUGCAGCUCAUGAGGAGCUGGCCGAGGAGGGAGCGAUUGAAAUUGUGAUAAUAAAAACCACUGGUGAUAAGAUACUUACUCAACCAUUGGCAGACAUUGGUGGGAAAGGCUUAUUUACUAAGGAAAUUGAUGAGGCCCUCUUGAAUAAUGAUAUUGAUAUUGCUGUUCACUCCAUGAAGGAUGUUCCAACAUAUUUGCCAGACAAAAUAGUUCUACCUUGCAACCUUGAGCGUGAGGAUGUUCGUGAUGCCUUUAUUUCUACCACUGCAACUUCCUUAGCAGACCUUCCUGCUGGUAGUGUUGUUGGUACCGCGUCACUGAGAAGGAAAUCUCAAUUACUACAUAAAUAUCCAUCCCUUGAAGUACUGGAUAACUUCCGUGGCAAUGUACAGACGCGUUUGAAAAAGCUUAACGAAGGAUUAGUGCAGGCAACACUUUUGGCAUUGGCUGGACUAAAGCGAUUAAAUAUGACUGAGAAUGUUUCUUCUGUUCUUUCUAUUGAUGAUAUGCUUCCAGCUGUUGCUCAAGGAGCAAUUGGAAUUGCUUGCCUAAAUCAUGAUGAAAAGAUGGCAAACUACCUAGCCUCUUUAAAUCACGAAGAAACUCGAUUAGCAGUUGCUUGUGAGAGAGCAUUCCUUGAGACCUUGGAUGGGUCAUGUCGUACUCCUAUUGCUGGUUAUGCUUGCAGAGAUGAAAAUGGGGACUGCUUUUUCAGGGGAAUUGUGGCUUCUACAGACGGAAAGAAAGUAAUUGAGACUUCUCGAAGGGGUUCAUAUGCUUUCGAUGAUAUGGUAGCGAUGGGAAGAGAUGCUGGAAAGGAGCUUCUUUCAAAGGCUGGUCCUGGUUUUUUUGAUCCAAGAUAAUAUUUGGAAGUAACACAAGAUUCAAGAGAAACUCGUUUCCUGAUCUCUGAUGAUCCCCUCAAUGUUGUUGUAGCAGUAGCAUGGUGUUUGGUAAUGUAGCGACAAUAGCAUGAUGAUAUUCUUUAGGCUUUUGUAGACUUAGGAUUUGCAUCUUUCAGUAUGUGGAAAUACAAGUGCUAAUCCUGUCGAUCGGUUGUAUUAGUUUGUAUGAUUUUGUAAUCUGUUGUUUGAUUGAUGUGUUCAAUUUUGGCCUUCAUCUCUUCUUUUGAUCACACUAUCAUUUUUUUUUCGUUAUUUUCCAUUGUUAGUUUGGAGCUUUGGAAGUUUAUCGUCUAAGAGGUCCAAUAGUGGGAUGAAUUGAUGAGCAAUACUUGCAGAACUAGUACGGCCAAUUUUUAAGGAAAUUUUCAUUGAUUGUUAAGCUAA